UUGUAUAAACUAGACAAGCGACUUUAGUUCAACACUGCACCGCCUGUUCGCCUAAAACCCUUCUCAGGAAUUAUUCCUGCGUUGCCUGCGACGUCUUCAAGCUCAUCGUAUACUUCACCUUCACCGUACUCCAUAACUGGCCAGUCGCGCAUCUCACACUCGCUUCUCCAUAAAUUUACAGAAUCAUAAGGGAGGCUAAGUUUCCUAACUUAGAUUUGAUUUGUUCUGGAUCGCAAGAAAAAUAUGGGAUUUGGAGACCGAGGAGUAAUUGGUGAUAAAUGGUCCGCAAGAAUCCUCUGGGUCUGUGCAAUUGGAAGUGCAAUUGGCCUCUAUAUGGUAGCGGUCGAAAGACAAAUGCAGAAUCGAGAAAAAAUGAUGGCUGAAUCAUUGAGGGCCGCCGAAUUGAGUCAACAGGAUGGUGAAUAAAUCUUAACAGAGACUAACCUAAAUGUUGAAUAGCACAUGAUAUAUACUUCCAUUGCUCAUUUCCUGUUGUCACACUUAAUUUUCAGUUACAAGAUAUGUAGAGUUUUAGAACUCCAAAUUUGAUCUCUGCGCUUCAUUUCUGGGUGAUGACAUAUGUAUGAAUUUGAUUAUUUAUCUUUAUUGAGUUAAUAAGAAAUUUCAGGGCAAGGGUCAUGAGUCCCAAAUA